AUGGUCAGAUUCAAGAAUCGAUACCUUCUCGUUGAAUUUCUAGUACCAUCUUCAUUCACAUCUACACUUCAAACUCCUUCCAUCUCAACUCCCUUGCCCGCUCCGGAACACAGGGAAGAAGCGGAUGAUUCAGACUCAGAAGACGAUGAAAUACUGCAGACUCCUACGAUACCGUUCCUUGUUCCGGCCGGUAAACCGGUAUUGGGGUUAGGAGAUGAAGGAUCGCAAGCGAUUUAUAAAGCUGUCAGAGGUGUCAUACAAGAUAUCUUUGGUGAUGAAGGUUGGGCAAGAGUAGCAAGCAGUUUUAGGGUUAUUUAUCAUUCUCCACUUACGACAUUAACGUUUAUCCGAAUUGCCAGGCCUUAUUAUCGGUUGAUAUGGUCAGCCUUGACUUUCCUGACUGUGUUAGGAUCAAAAAGUGUCAUACCCAGAGUAGUGGGAGUUUCAGGGACAAUCAGAAAAUUACAAAAUCGUGGUAUAUCAUAUCAUAGAUUAGUCAUCGGUCAAUUGAUAGCUCAUAUCGCUCAAGAUGGUGUUGGAUUAAGUAAUGGUGGUGGAGUAGAAAAUGCGAACAUCAUCAAAGAGGGUGAUAGAGAGAUAGAAGAAAUGGAGAGACUGAAUGAAAGUCAAUAA